AUGGCUGAAGACAGAGCGGCAGAGGGAGCGGCAAGAGGAGCGGCAGAGGGAGCGGCAGAAGGAGCGGCAUGGGCGGCAGAGCGCACGGACCUGCUGGUGUCUCUGCUGCUGCUCUCGGGAGUGGUGCUGCUCAGUGACGCUCUCCGCAGGAUGCUGCUCAGGAGGCUCCCGGGACACAGCGCGCUGUACGCGCACGCGGCAGAAUUUGUGUGCACACUGCAGCUCUGCUGCUGCACGCACGAGCUGCGCGUCCUGUCGGAGGUGGGGAGGAUCGAGCGACGCCUCGCGCACACCCUGACGUACGUGGUGGCGGUGGUGCACGGGCUCACGUUCAGAGGCGCCACUGGGAAUCCCGCGUGCACGCUCGUGCACACGUACCGCCAGAGGCUCGUGCCCGCCGCGGCUCUCUGCAAGUGCGCGUGUCAGUUUGCUGCAGCCGCUGCUGCGCGCGUCCUCAUGCCGCUCGCGUGGAGUCUCGGUCUGUCCGGGAUGCACGUGCGCCAUGAAGCCAGUGGGUUUCGAUGCACGAGCCCCGUGGACGCGCCACUCACUGCCGCCGCGGUGGAACUUGCGUGCGCGUUCGCUGUGCAAACGGCUGUCACGCACACGCGCACUCUAGAGUUGAAAUACCGCGUGCACGCGGUAGCUGCAGUCAUCACCACCGCAGUGUACGCAGGGGGGGCGCGCACAGGCGCGGUCUACAACCCCGCGCUGGCCUUCUCCACACAGUUCCGCUGUGAGGGCCCCUCGCUCCCGGAGUACUGUGUCGUGUACUGGCUGGGGCCCGUGCUCGGGAUGCUGGGCUCCGUGCUGUUCUAUGAUUGGCUGGAAGUGUGGAAAUCUGAACGCUGGAGGUGA